CCGCAAAUGAAAUCAAAGCAUUUGCUAUUUAAUGGUACCUUCCAAAUUUUCGAAGGCUUUUCCGACUUUCCCACCACCGAAUUUUGUUAAAAUAUCGAUUACCAUGGCAGCACUUGUCAAUCUUCUCAAAUUUUCUAGACCCGAAGUACUACCGUUGAUGGUGAUCGUUGGAGGUGCCUUGACGGGCGUCGCUUACUGUGGGAUCCAUGCCACAAAAAUCCCUGCGGGUGCAUGGCACCGAACCUUACGCAACAAGCCAGUUUACUAGUCAUACCGCACAGAUCACAUCAGCCUUCCUACAUUAAAAUAUAUCUCCCACAAUCAUGUCCCAUCUUUUUGACCGCCCAUCGUUUUGGAAACUCUCUACAAUUAGCAUCGCAAGCAUUCAUAAACAAAACGUCCUAAUUUCAUAAAAUAUCGGUUGCCAUAAAACCUUUACCCCUCCUGUGGAGGGGAAAAAAGAAUAUUUAUGACCAUAAACCGAUCGCGCUAAAUACAGAUUUGUCUACCA